CGGGGCAUGGCUGCAGAGGAGUCUCGCUGCCUGCUGGGUUACCCCGCUUCGGACUCUUGCCCGAGAGUGCAGAACAAGAAGCUGUACCUGGCCACGUUCGCUGCUGUCCUGGGACCGCUCAGCUUUGGCUUCGUGCUAGGCUAUAGCUCACCUGUUAUUCCAGAGUUGAGGAAAAUCAACGAUCCUAAAUUAAGAUUGGACAGCAAUCAAGCCUCGUGGUUUGGGUUAGAAGUAACAUUAGGAGCUGCUGCCGGAGGAAUACUAGGAGGCUAUCUUGUGGAUAAAGUUGGGAGAAAGCUGAGUCUAAUGCUGUGCUCGAUACCAUAUGUUUUUGGAUAUAUAGUUAUUAUAUCUGCUCAGAAUGUUUGGAUGCUUUAUUUUGGACGAAUGCUGACAGGCUUGGCCAGUGGAAUUACUUCACUUGUUGUUCCGAUGUACAUAUCUGAAGUAUCUCAUCCUAAAGUCCGUGGUAUGCUUGGCUCUUGUGUUCAGUUGAUGGUGGUGACUGGCAUACUGGGAGCCUACGUUGCAGGAAUAACACUAAAAUGGCACUGGCUGGCAGUGUUGUGCGCUUUUCCAUCCUGCAUAAUGCUAUUGUUCAUGUCCUUCAUGCCUGAAACACCGAGAUUUCUGCUGAAUCGGAACAAGCGCUCAGAAGCCAUAGCUUCUUUGCGCUUUCUGCGGGGACCACAUGCGGACCAUGAAUGGGAAUGUAGGCAGAUGGAAGCUAGUGUUCAGGAAGAGGGACUGAAUCUCUCUGAAUUUAAGAACCCCUCAAUCUACAGGCCACUUCUUAUUGGUGUGGCUCUAAUGUUCUUCCAGCAAGUAACAGGCAUUAAUGCAGUUAUGUUUUAUGCAGAAACUAUCUUUGAAAAUGCAGACUUCAAGGACAGCAGAAUGGCUUCUGUUGUUGUGGGUUCCAUACAAGUAUGUUUCACUGCUGUGGCUGCACUUAUCAUAGAUAAAACUGGACGAAAAGUGCUGCUUUACAUAUCUGGGAUAAUCAUGGCUCUCAGUACUGCAUUGUUUGGGCUUUAUUUUAAAAUGGUCCUUCCCAGUCGAAACAACUCAUCAAAUCCUGAUGUAUGGUUCACUCUAAAUUCAGCAUCCCCAGGAACAGAAAGCAGCAUAUCCUGGCUUGCAGUAGUGAGCCUAGGGCUCUUUGUUGCUGGUUUUGCCCUUGGCUGGGGUCCUGUUCCAUGGCUGGUGAUAUCUGAAAUCUUCCCACUUAAAGCUAGAGGCAUAUCGAGUGGUGUUUGUGUGUUAACAAACUGGGUUAUGGCCUUCUUGGUAACCAAAGAAUUUAACGAUUUUAUAGGCAUCUUAACAUCCUAUGGCACGUUCUGGCUCUUCUCUGCCUUCUGCUGCCUCAAUGUAACUUUCACAGCGUUUUACAUUCCUGAAACAAAAGGACAGACCCUGGAACAAAUUGAGGCCUACUACAGAAGAUCUUAAGUCUAAGGCUUUUUAUGUUGAUAUGAAACCUUCAUAUCAUAAAUUAUGGUGCUAUGGUUGAAACUAACUGCGUCAUGUGGUAGACAUUCUGUUACUAAACUUGCUAUCAAAUUGUUUUAAUGAAUUUUGUAAAAUCUGAAUUCUGUUUUUUAAAAAAAUAUCUAUGGGGAUCUGUAUACACUUCUGCAUAUUCCCUGUAGUAAAUCUCCCUUUUCUUAUAUUCUUUCAACAUAUUAUUUUUUGUUGAUUCCUGUGUUCUUUUCACCUGGUGCAGAAUGACUAUAAUGGCCAAGUAAGAAUGUUAAAUGUAUUGGCCAGUACCUUUUUUCUAAGAUGUAAAUUAAGCUCUAAUUUUGUAAAUAAAUUAAAUUUCCUUGCUCCAC